AUGGGAUCCCCUUUAUCCCCUGUCCAAGCCGACAUCUUCAUGGAGGAGUUCGAACCUUCCUCCCUCCUCACAGCGGAUCUUCGGCUGAGCCUGUGGCUACGCUACGUUGAUGACACCUUCGUAGUGUGGCCCCAUGGCCCGGACACACUCCAAGACUCCAGUACCUCAACCAGCAACACACCAGCAUCAGCUUUACCAUGGAACAAGAACAGGACGCGGUCGUUUCAUCACCCCAGCAUCAAGUCAUCGGUCAACCGCACCUUAGUACAGAGAGCCUAUGAGGUCUGCGAUCAAGACAACCUCAAGCGUGAACUCAAGCACAUCCAGGCGUCACUUCAACGGAACGGCUACAAACCCAACCGCAUCAAGAUCAGCAAACGUGACCAACGGGUCUCCUCUACCCAAGGUCCUUCCGCUGUAUCUCCCUCAGUCACUCUUCCUCAUCAUCUCCAACGCAUCCUCCGACAAGCCGGCGUCAAGGUGUACCACUCAUCUGGCAACAAGCUCCAAGGCAGCCUCCACACUCACAAGGACAAGCAGGACUCCUCUUCCAAGCCAGGUCUACCGCAUUCCAUGUGA